AUGAUCACAGCAAUGGCAGCACAUGGUGGCUUCAAUAAGAUUCACUAUUCCCGUGCAGAGAUGUCGAUCGUGCUUAGCAUGUUGGCCAACGUGGGAUUCUCCUCUCGUGCUUGCGUGGCAAAGCGUGCCCUGGCCUUUGAGAGCAAAGAGCCUUUGGAGGCCUAUGGCAAGCUCACUGUGACAGCCACCCAGAGCGGAUUAGUCCUGCUACUUGUGUGGCUCUUCUUGGCUCAGUCGGUCCUGGAUGACCGUGACAUGAUGAGCCUCGUGCGACAUUUGAGUUUCAAUCCAAGCGCCUGGUUCACUGUAUGCUUGACCUACUUCCUCUAUCAAGCAUGCUCCAUUUAUCUCCUGAAUUGCUUCUUAGUUGAGACCCAUGCGCUGCUGGUUGCUCUGAAGCAUAUCUUCGUUGUGGUUCUUGCAUCGCUCCUGACUGGAGCUGUCUUCAAUGUACACAUGACGAUAGGCCUGAGCUUAGUGGUAGCGGGUGUUUCCUGGUACCUCUCCAGUCCAGCGUCCGAGGAGGAUGCAGAGAAGGAGUCAAUUUUGCCAACCAGAGAUACCAAAGCAGAAGCAUCCUACGAAAGUGUGCGGGAAGUCCAGCAGGUGUCCUCUUGGCUGAUCGCUGCGGUCGCAUCUGUCAUUGUUCUGGGCACAGUGUUGCCACUGUGGCGCCUCUGA